AUGGUUGGCUUUGCAUCUGCGGGCACGCGGUUUACCACGCACGUUCGGGAUGAGAACGUUUGGGCUUUCCAGUCAUUGAGCCUGCUUUUGGGUGGGAGUCGAAUCUUACUGGCUCUCCAAUACACCGUCAACAUCCUUUUCGUCCGCCAGCACAUGAGACAUGCUGCUAGGGGGGUCUUCCUCAUCGCUACGACGUUGUUUAUCACCAGCUUGGUCUAUCUUGGGAUGUUUUUCACGUUCAAGGCGCAACUCGGUGUCCACCCCUAUAUAUGGACAGUUUGGUUUGCUUUGUUCGGCCUGGAAAUGUGGGUUGUCAUGGGGGUCUCCUGUGUUACCCCAGGGAUUGGGCUUCAAGACACUCACCUGAAUGUUCGAAUGGGGCUUCUCACGCUGAUCAUCAUAGGCGAGGGUGUCAUAUCGAUUACAAGGAUUGUCAACAAAACGGUGCGGCCAGGAGGCUGGACCAAAUGGUCGUUUGUGCAUAUCUUGGGUGUUACAACCAAUGUGUAUCUUCUGUGGCAGGCAUACUAUGACCUUUCCCCACGAUGCACGCUUGGAAAAUACGCACAGCAGAUCUGGGCCCAGUUGCAUUUUCCGUUCCACGUGGCUCUUAUUCUCCUGCUUGAGGGAUCACAAAUUCUAGCUCUGACACUAGACAUCUCUUUGAAAUUGACCUAUCUUCUGGAAACUAUCAUGUUUGCCUGUGAAGAGCCACGCCCACAACCCGACAUUGCCAUCCACCUCCUUCGGACCACCAUUGCUGAUAUGGAAAUCAACUAUAGUCGCGGCUCGAUCAAGGCCAAAAUGGCAAUUUCCGACAUCCUAGAAGAUCUGCCCAACCAUCCCUUAUGUCCCGUGGGCGUGGGCGAGGCCGCCAGGUAUCACGUAACUCGCAAUCGCAUGGGUGCCUUGGUCGGAAACGUAACAGCUGCUCUAUUCUCUAGUAUGGGCAUUGUGCCCUCGGAAGGCCCAAAAUUCAACCACCUCAGUGGGCCCCAGCUUCUGAGAACGUAUGUGGAGGUCUUAGGAUUCGUCUAUGUGUACUUCUUUAUCGUUGCAUCACUCGUGAUGUUUCUUUUCGCCGCAUUCCUGCUGCUAGCGCGCCGCCACCACCAGGGCCGCUUCCACAUUGGCAUUGGAGCAACGGUUCGGGUCCUCCUGGGGGUGUUCUUGGCCAGUCUGGUAUCUUUCGUCCGAGACUUCUCACUGGUGUAUUCAUUCAUGACGUCUCCGGCGAUCCUUUACGCAUUUACCUUCACCUUGCUGACGGUUCUUCUAGUUGACCGACUUUUGGAUCACUAUGGAGGCGCAGCAGAAUUCCGCCGGACGCAGGAAAGCGACGUGACAGUAUUGGAUACCAAUCCCGGAGUGGUCAUCGCCCAUGCGUAUUGCGGAUCCAUGGAUGAGAAGCAAGAUCCACUGGCUUUAGGUGGAAAAGUUGACGACGGCAGCAAUAGGGGCAUUGCAUUGCAUGAGCAUGGAGACACGCCCCAAUCGGCAGCGUCUUCCGGUUUGGGUUGA